AUGCCCAUUGACCAUGCUGGCCUGACUAUUUUCUUUUCCAUCUUUGCAUUUGCAACAUGUGGCAGCUACUCUGGAGAAUUCAGCCUAAGUGUCGACUGCCCCAACAAAAAUGAAAGCGAUCUCAAUAUAGAAGUGCAGUUCUCAUAUCCCUUCCGGCUCCACCAGGUAUAUUUUGAAGCCCCACUUUGUAAAGGGUCUGAGCGCCGGAAGAUUUUCUUGAUUGGAGACUGCUCCUCCUCUGCUGAAUUCUUCGUCACCAUCGCCGUCUUCGCCUUCCUCUACUCCCUUGCUGCCAUCGUCGUUUAUAUCUUCAUGCAGGACAAAUACAGGGAGAACAACAAGGGCCCCAUGAUUGAUUUUGUUAUCACGGCUGUUUUCACCUUCAUGUGGUUGGUGAGCUCCUGUGCUUGGGCCAAGGGACUGUCUGAUGUCAAGGAGGCCACUGACCCUGACAAUGUGUUCAAAAACAUGGAAGUGUGUGAGACAAAAGGAGUCAAAUGUGAGGAAGUACGGGAGCCAGUCACCUCUGGCCUCAACACCUCUGUGGUCUUUGGCUUCCUGAACUUGGUGCUCUGGCUGGGAAACAUGUGGUUCGUGUUCAAAGAGACAGGCUGGAGUGCACCCUUCAUGAAGUACCCGCCUGCCCAAGAGAAGCCCCCAGCGCCUGACACCUAUGGCGAUACCUACAACCAGGCCCCAGGCUAUGGACAGCAGGACACAUACGGGCAGCAGGGCGGCUACCAGCCCGAUUACAGCCAGCAGGGCUAUGGACAGCAGGGAGACUACGGCCAGCAAGGGGGCUACGUCCAAGGUGGGCCCACUUCCUUCGCAAACCAGAUGUAGGCGGGUCCCUGCCCCCAGUAGGAGGCACUGUGAGGAGGAGGCCGCCAUCCUGUCCCUGCCCCCCUUGUCUCCUUGUGCAGGGAAAAGCGGGGGCUGGUGGGUGCUCGUACUGGGAGGGGGCUGGCAGGGUCCCCCCCCAGGAUGAAUGUAGAUGUU